CAUAGUAACACCACAUCAUCAUCAUAGGCCACGCCCCCAACACCCACAUCAACAUCACAGCCACACCCCUCAACACCCACACCAACAUCACAGCAAUUAAUCCGAAUAAUUAAUCUGAAUUAAUUCACCCAUAUGUCCCUGCUUGUGCUCUGAGAUCGAGUUCUGAGAAUUUGCUUGCAGUACCUAAAUUCCGACUGGUGUGGGUGGCAGGGCUUUCAACAUCUCAGCAUCUAAACUCUGGAACAAACUUGCACAAAACCUCCGUGCUGUCUCUUCACUCCAGACCUUUAAAACUGUUCUCAAAAUUACUUAUUUACAAUAUGUUUUGUUAAUUGAUUGUAGCAGACUGCCUCAAUUUUCAGUUCUAUGCUUGCUUUCGUUACUUUUCUUGGAUUAUAUCAUCUCUGUCUGCUCUAUUUGCUUGAUUAUGUGACUGUAUAUCUGUUGUUCAUGUUAUCUAUCAACUUUAUGUAAAGCGACCUUGGGUCCUUGAAAGGCGCUAUAUAAAUAAAACAUAUUAUUAUUUUUAUUAUCACAGCCACGCCCCUCAACACCCACAUCAUCAUCACAGCCACGCCCCUCAACACCCACACCAUCACAGACCACCUCCCUUAACAACCACAUCAUUAUCACAGCCAUGCCUCUCAACAACAACAUUACAGCCACGCCCCUCAACACCCACACCAUCACAGUCACGCCCCUCAACACCCACAUCAUCACAGCCACGCCCCUCAACAUCCACACCAUCACAGCCACGCCCCUCAACACCCACACCAUCACAGCCACGCCCCUCAACACCCACACCAACAUCACAGCCACGCCCCUCAACACCCACACCAACAUCACAGCCACGCCCCUCAACAUCCACACCAUCACAGUCACACCCCUCAACACCCGAACCAUCACAGGCCACGCCCCUCAACCACGCCCCUUACCAACCACAUCAUUAUCACAGCCACCCACGCCCCUCAACACCCACACCAACAUCACAGUCAUGCCCCUCAACAUCCACACCAUCACAGUCACACCCCUCAACACCUGA